GCAAUCUAUCUACUCUUACUACUACUUCUCUCUACUUUCUCUCUCUAUAUACUUCUUCUCUUUUCUUGCUUCUGACGAGGCGGGGCGCCUAUCCCUUCAAGGUCAUGGCUGACACCCCAAACCCCUUGGACCCGAGUGACGCCCAGUCGCCCGGGCUCAAACAAUUGGCGCCCACCGUGGGGCCAAGCAUGACUUUGAAAGACGCUUCCAACUCAAAGAAGGGAGAAGAAAGGAGUCCGGUACCAACAAAGACCCCUCUCAAGCAAGUGGUUGGUCGCGAAGCGAUCAACCCCCAACCGCUCACCAUCCAAGGCUUAGAAGUAUCCGACGACGACGACCCAUCAGAAGACGGAGAAGGCGCCGAGCGCCUGGAGGAGCAACUAGCGGAGCUUCGGAAAAAGCAAGCGCUUCAAAUGGCAAACAUGCAAGGCCAACUAGACCAAGUCAUGACCGCGUUAACAGCACUAACCAAGGUCAACGACCAGGCGCCUCCGAACCAAGAAGCCGUAGAGGAGAGGAGGCGCCUCCGAGGGAAGAUGCAGGAGGUUGAGGCGGCACCCACGAACUCCCCACGGGAGGGUGUGGGCGCCUUACCAAAUGAAGACGCAAUGGAAGCUGACACCGACAUCUACAUGGAGAAGUACGCCCGACUUAACUACGGCGCCUCGGAAGACAGGAGUGCCCAAAUCAUUAAGUAGCCGUUAUCAAAGGGGGUACUCGAAACACAAAUCCCAUCAAACUUCGCAAGCAUCGGCCUACCCUCAUACGACGGAAAAUCUGACCCAGAAGAUCACCUAAGUACGCUCUACCGCAAAAUGCAACUCCUCAAUGCGUCUGACGCUGCCUUGUGCAAGGCAUUCCCCUCAACCUUCAUCGGAGGAUGUAGUAGUUGGUACUGCUCACUCCCAGAGGGCAUCAUUCAGAGUUUUUCCCAAUUCGCUUUGUUAUUUACAACAAAGUAAGCAAGCCAAA